UAAUUUUCUUGUAAAACCCUUUUGACGCCUAAAACUAAAAGAGACCCUGGAUUUUGCUCUGAGGGUUUGUUGUUUUUAUAAAGGUUCAAAGCUUGUUUCCAAAAACGGAAAUACUAUGGCGUUGUAUUACAUGCUUCGCAGAGCAUCCUCAUGCGUAGUCCCUCUCGCAAUCCGCACCGUUGGAUCUGCGAGAACUGUCCGAGGCGCCGCUCUUAGCGUAGAUAAUGGCAAACUCCGUCACGAGCUCUACCAGAAAAGCUUUGUUCCGUCUCUCCACUUCUCUACGGCCAUCGAUAAGGAACAGAGUUUCGAUGAGAGUCUCAUUCGAAUCAUCGACUCUGAAAUCGAGUGUGCCGAGGAAGUGGAACAGCACUAUCGCGCAGAAGAAAUCCCAGACGGAUUUCCUUUCAUGAUCCAUGAUAACCCUGGAGAAAGUACCAUACUACUUAAAAGAGUGUACAAAAAUGAAAUCAUCAAAGUCGAAGUUCACAUGCCUGAUUUUGGAAAUGUAGAGGAUUCUGAUGACGAUAAUGGUUAUUAUGAUGGUAAGACUCAACCUUGCAUUCCGUUGGUUGUGAGGGUCUCCAAAGGAAGUAGAUUGCAAUUGGAGUUUGUAAUCACUGCUCUUCCAGAUGAGAUUUCAAUUGACAGCUUGUCCCUCAAGGAGCAAGAACGUUAUGAAAGUCAUCUUGCAAAUGAAGGACCUGACUUCUGGGAUUUGAGUGAAAAUUUGCAGGAGUCUUUCCAAAAAUAUCUUGAAUUCAGGGGAAUUAAAACCAGUACAAUCGACUUUUUGUACGAGUACAUGAUCAGCAAAAACAGUAAGGAGUACUUGCAGUGGCUGAAGAAACUCAGGAAGUUUGUGGAUGACUACUUCUAACAGCCUUUUAGGUGAUUCAAGGAUUUUGUUAGGUAGCUAUUCAAGAAUUUUGAGGCAUUUCGACAAUUUGAAUCUUGCACGAGGAGCAGAACGAAAACUUGGGUUAAUUUGUCCAUGAUCUGAAUGGUUUGCUUUAGAUUAACUGAUCUGUGUACACUUUCUUCAUAAGCCUGAUGAAGUGGUUGAGUUGAGACUGUCCAAUAAGGUUUCAUUUGGGGUUUCUUUGGUUUCAUUGGGCAGAUAUGCUCACUUUGGCAACUGUUUCACUGGACAAAUUACACAGCAGUUCUAGCUUUCAGAUUUGUACUUGAAUUUUUUUCCCAGUCUUGUAGUGAUUGCUCAAUUUAUAAAUUGGCCACUUCGAUUUCUUGAACUUCCCUUGAUUCGAUUGUGUAAUAACCCAGUUGGCAAAUCUUUUAUAUUUCACCCUAUAUUCAGAAACUA